AUCAAUAUGGCGGACGUGUCAGAGUCGUGAAACGGUUUCAGAUUCAUGCCUUGAAAGUUGGGGGAUUCUAUUUGGUGUAAAUAUCAUUUACAGGGCCAGGGUGGCCAGAUUGUCUUCAAAUCAUAAAACUCACUAAUUGCUAAAAAUGGAUCGUGGCAGCGGACUGUCUGGUAGUUCUUACGAUCGUCAUGUACAAAACUACGGCAACCAGCCCAAGUCAAUGGCAAGUAAAGUUCAGAGACAAUAUUGGGUUACCAAACAAACUGUUAUGAAGAAAUUUGGCAAGAAAGAAGACGAGUUUGUUGUUGCUGGUGAUGCAGAGCUCGAUGCUAAGUUAGAGGUGUUCCAUGCAAUCCAGAAGUCAUGUAUGGAUUUAUUACGAGUUAUAGAAAAAUAUCAGGAUAAUAUAUGUGCAUUGUCUCAAGAAGAAAAUGCAAUGGGUAGAUUUUUAAAACAGCAGAGUGCACAAGAUAAGACGAGAGCCGGUAAAAUGAUGGCAGCUGUUGGCAAAUCACUUAGUUUUUCAUCUCAACAGAGGUUAGCUUUGAGAUCACCGCUGGUUCGACUUUAUCAAGAAGUGGAAACAUUUCGUUAUCGUGCCAUCUCCGAUACUCUGAUGACUAUAAAUAGAAUGGAGAGUUCUCGUACAGAGUACCGUGGAGCGCUGUUGUGGAUGAGGGAUAUCUCUCAAGAGCUAGACCCAGAUACGUAUAAACAAUUAGAAAAAUUCAGAAAGGUUCAGACACAGGUACGGGCUACAAAACAGAAAUUCGAUAGAUUAAAGAACGACGUGUGUCAGAAGAUAGAUUUACUUGGAGCUAGUCGAUGUAAUCUCUUUUCGCACACUUUAGCCACUUACCAAACUACCUUGUUACAUUUCUGGGAGAAGACGUCCCGAACUAUGAGUGCUGUAUCUGAAAGUUUUAAAGGUUAUCAGUAUUACGAAUUUAAUAUGUUAAAGGAAUUAGGUGAAACGUCGCGGCAGUUAGCAGAACUUACAAAAGAUGGCUUUGAUAAAAUCAAAAAAACAGAUGAAAUUGAGGAAAAUGAAGAACCGGAGCGACUCGUCGAUUUACUCGAUUUCAGUGAAGAUCCAGAGGAUGAUAAUUUUGAGGAGUCAAGGGGAGAUGAGAACGAAGAUUUUUUUAAUCAGGCAUUGGAGGAGAGAAAAGAACUUAUAGAACCGAGUAAAAAGUUAGCACAGCUCACGUCGGGCAAAGAACCAGACAAAGGAACUCAAACAGAAGAAGAUGAUAUACUUUUAGGAGUGGAAGAUGAUGACUUGAAUGACCCAUCUAAAAAACUAACAAGAAAUGCCAACAAACUAGGUACAGACAAGGAGAAGGAUCAAGCAGAGAAAGAUGUGGAUACUGCUGAAGAAGCUUCAGAAAUGUCAGACAAAGAUAGGUUAAUAUCUUUCGAAGAAGAGAGCCGUCGAGAAGCUGAUGAAUUUCAGAGGUUGAUUAUGGAAAGCGGUGGUAAGCCGAACCCCCGGCCGUCAUCAUUACCAUUACAUGGUGGAGCAAAUCCUGAUGAUGGUAAUGCAAUUCUAGAUCUGUUAGCUAAUAGUAGUAAUCCACCGUCUGAUAUAACAGAACAGUACACAGGUGAAGGUAAAGACUUGCUUUCCAACGAUCCUUCGGCUGAAGACAAGGACGACUUAGCUUUACUCAAUGAGAUAUGGAAUACGCCAUCAACAGGGGGUGAUGACUUCUCUAAGGAAUGGCAGGCUUCAUUUGGUAGCGGUUCAUUGAACCCGUCAAGUAACUUCACCCCAGUAGAGAGUGAUAACUCGGCUGAGUAUAUGCCGUCUAAUUUGCUAGAUUUGAGUAGUAGAUUGGGUGAAAUGGACAUGGGUUCUGGUGGAGUACCAAUGCAGGGGGGAACCGGCGGUGUCGGAGCUGCUGGCGCCGGACCAAUUAACCCAGCAAUGCUACAACAAAUACUGCAUCACCAGCAAUUAGCAAAUCAACAACAACAAUUAGGGCAACAACAACAAGGUCAAGACGCAGGUAAAGACAACAAGAAACCACAGAAGAAGAUUCCAAACAAGAAAUCUGAAAAAGCCGACAUGUCUGCAUGGUUUAGUUUAUUUGCCGAUUUAGAUCCACUGGCUAAUCCUGACGCCAUUGGACAAAAAGAAGAUCAGCAUGUGGAAGAUUUCCAAGCUUAGUACGGCCGGCUCUCGGCACCAGUGAGUUACACCCUGUCUGUACAACCAUUAUGUUCUCUGCCACUUUUCUUGCAUGGUUGACAUUUCCCCUCGUUAUUGUAUCUCUCAAAUUUUCUAUAUUUUGGAUCAGAAAGACCAAGUUAGAGCAUAUUUAUGUUAUAUGAAUAGAAGUUCUUAUGACUGAGUUGUGUUUAUGUUAUUUACUGUGUAAAAGGUGAGGAAUUAGAGAAGCCAACUGCCAAGUUUGUAGUAUUUCAGAAUAACAGUUGCCACGCUUGUGAACAUCACUUUGACCACGCCUGAUCCACAUCGUUUGUGUUGCAUACAUACUUUAAUAUUAGUGUCAAUGAUCUUGUGUGCGUUGUAUUAUGCUACUAUUAUAAACAGUGUCAGACUCUAAACAUGUAUUGCUUGUGUAACAAUCUAGAUUUGAUUGCUGCUAUUACUACUGUGGUUACACUUAGAAUAAGCAAUAUAAGUCAUUGGGCGUGAUUCACAGUGCGUAACUGCCUAUGAUUCAAGUCUGUUUGAUCUACACUGGUUGGAGCUUGAGUCUGACAGUACUCUGUUCAUGUCAAAAUGUGUAUCCCAAAAGGACACAUAUCAAUGUUCUAAUUUACAUAAAGUUGUCACUGGCUAUGACACCAUUUUGAAAGUGAACUAUUUCGGGAGCGAAAUUUGUGGUAAAUCCCCCCCCAAAAUUGUGUACAUUCACAUGUGGCUGACACAAAAUGUUGAACUUGUGUGUAACCAUGAGGGGAUUUAUUCUUCCGUUUACCGGCGGGAUGGUUGACAAAUGAUUAGUAUUGUUCAUUGGUAGUGUAACUGC